AUGCUAUGGUACUGGAACGUAAAUGGUGGAGGACCUAGUGGUGAGACCCCUGCUAACUUUGAUGAUUUUCGCCCAUUUGCUAAAUUUACAAAGCCGACAAUGAAACAGUUUGGACAAAUGGAGCAAAUUUGCGGAGUCACAGUCAAUAGAGACAUCUACUCACUAGAAAAGUCAAAGCUCUUUCUUGCCGAGCUGAAGGAAAAGCAAAGCGAUGAACUGACUGUUGGCAGACUAGGCCAUGCAUUUACGGGAUUGUUAUCAGCUGCAUAAGGAACAUGAUCUCAAGAAAAGGACCAAUAAAAAAUCUGCAUUAUAGAGACG